UCUCCUGCCUCCGCCCGCGCGCGGCCGGGGACCUUCGCUUCUCUGCUCCGCUGGUCAACGCGGGUGGGCAGCGGGGUCUGGAACGGCUGGAGCUGCGGAGGAAGUCUAGAGCAGCAAGAAGUAAACGGAGACAUGUGAAAUACAGAGUUGGUUUAUUCUGUUUACCACUUCCGUGAGAAAGCUUGAACAGAGAAGAAAGCAAGAUGGUGAAAAUGGAGACCUCCAGUACGUCCAAAGAUUUGCAGGAGCUUCAGAGGAAGCUAGUUUCAUUGAUCAAUUCCAUCCAGAGCAACUCUAAGGUGAUUGCUUUUAUGAACUCUCCAGUUGGUCAAUACCUAGAUAAACAUCCCUUUGUGGCCUUAACCUUGCUGAUGUUCAUUAUGGUAUCUUCCAUUCCUGUUGGAUUCUUCCUGCUGCUUGUGGUCUUGAUGUCUCUGGCAGCCUGUGUUGGAGUUAUAUUAGUGGAAGGAUUCGUUAUAUCUGUGGGCGGCCUCACCUUGCUCUGUGUACUAUGUGGCUUGGGUUUCGUGUCCCUGGCCAUAUCUGGAACACUCAGUGUGUGCUACGUGGUGCUCUCGAGCCUCACCAACUAUUGGUUCUCUUUCAGCACGCUAAAGCAUCAGCAAAUCCUUGGAAACAAGUGCCCAGUGACCGUCCAAAAUCCCGACUCUACAAGACAUGACUGAAACCAAGACUUUAUUUUAAAGGCUUUAGGGGUCAUAUUGUGUUUACGACAUUGGAUUAUGGCUUUUUUUCAGGGUGCAGGACUAAUAGGAUUAGUAGGUGAUCACCACCAUAGAAAUAUUCUUUAGUAUUUUCAGGUUGAUUGUUGAAGGAUCUCUGGGACAACAGGAUGCUGGCGGAUUCACAUGGUCCCUUCAUGUUGCUGACACAGCUACAGUCAGGAAGGCUUUAUCAAGGGGCCAUACCCACAAGAGCAGUACCAGAAAGUCUUGAAAAUAACACAAUUCCCUCCUUUUCCCCAUCCUUCUUCCAAAGUAAAAAAAAAAAAAAAAAAAAAUCUCCCAAACAGGGAGGCUGCUAGUAUUUUGAAAAAUCCCAAAUCUAAGCUUUAAAAUAUACUCCUAGGGGCCUGACUUGUAAAGAUGUAGGACUUUAUUCAAAGCAUAUUGGCUACUUAUUGUGUCUUCUUCCAUUUGGAGUCUGGGGAUGAAUUGAAAAACACUUUAAGCCUUAAUUGCUUUUAUCAGAAUAAUAAUAUGGAGGUACUUUAGCAGCCACUUGUUCAAGACUGAAAUUCUCUUAUUGGAAUUUAUUGUUAAAGAUAUUUGACUAUAAGGACUACACUCCAAAUGUGUACUGUUAAUCUUUUUUAAUGGUUUAAAAAAAAGUAUUUGUGCAUUAAUUUGGGUGGGAUAUUGUUUAAAGAGUUUGCUCUGUUAGUCUGUUUCCUGGAAAAUGUAUGUAAAAGGACUUAUGUUAGCACUUCUGUUCCUGUGGUGAUGCAUUAUUUGCCAUGUCACUUUAUUAAACUAAAUUCUAUUUAUUUAC